ACGCCGAUAAAGCGAAACUCAAACAAAAUGGCUGCCUAUAAAAAUGAAGUUUCCUUCGAGUCGGUGCCCACAGUUACAGUUAGAAACGAGACGAGAUAAUCAGACAAAAUGAUAAAAUACAGUCAAUUGCUGACACUGAUCUCAUUGGCCACGCUGCUAGGCGUUGGACUAGCUGAUGUGAACAUUUGUUCCAAUGUGGUCGACAAUCUCUUUCUGCCAAGUCUCGAUAAUUGUAGCGACUACUAUCUGUGCGUCGGCGGCAAAGCUGUGCCUCGCAGCUGCAGCAGUGGCUACUUCUUCGAUGCUCGCAAACAACAGUGUGUGGGCGUCUCAGAGGUGCGCUGCCUGCCCACAUGCCCAGCGCAGGGAUUGAGCUCCUUCUGCUACGAUCGCACCUGCACCAAGUACGUUCUGUGCUUUGGCGGGGAGCCGGUGUUGCGUGAGUGCGCCGAUGGACUGCAAUACAAUGCUGAGACGGAUCGUUGUGAUUUCCCCCAAUAUGUGGACUGUGUGGAUAAUCUGUGCGUGCGCCAGAACAAUGUGGACAACAUUGUUUACGUCGCCAGCAAGUCUAAGUGUGACAGGUACUAUGUUUGCCUGGAUGGUCUGCCAGUUAAUCAGACCUGCGCUAGUGGCCUUCAAUUCAAUCCCGAAUGCGACUGCUGUGAUUUUCCCUCCCACGUCAAUUGUACUGUUGAGACCCUACAGCGUGACAUUAAGCCAUUUUCCAGGGCCCCACCACGCUCCGGGGGCAUCACAUGCCCCGACCAGGGCUCUCACUUCUUUGCCCACAAGACCCGCAAGGAUGCCUAUUACUACUGUUCUAAUGGUAAAUCCGUCACUCUGGACUGCACUCCGGGUCUGGUCUACGAUGCCGAGCGGGAGGAAUGCCGCGAGCCACAAUUCGUGAAGGCCUAGAGGAUGUCAGCAAAAUAAAUUUUAAAGUUCAACCAA